AGCUUCGCUCUAACAGAAACAAACUGGUUCAUAGCUUAACUUCUCUUAUCGUUUGCCUCAAUAAGCGCGAACUCUCCCUUAUCUCGUUACACAGCAGCGCUGCUGCUUUUACUGGACCUGGUGAAAAUGUGGCUGUACUGAGUGUCCGUGUCCGUGCUGUGUGCCCUGCCUGAGCUCAGAUGUGUUUCUUAUCCCUGCAGCUCUUUAUGACUUUUUCAGGUUGCGUCUAAUGAUGUCACAUCAUUCUUAUAUUUUUCUGUUUUCCGCUUUUUAAAAGUACUAAUCUGCAGACUAACCCUGUCAGUGAAACUAUUCAUCGAGUUAAAGUCUGCGUGGGUCCUCACUUAGCAUCAGCUCUAUGAUCCAGUCUGAGCAGCAGUGACCCUGCAGCUGGUGAGGAAACCUCCACCUGAUGAUGCAGGAGAUGGGACACUCGGGUGGAGCAGCUGCUUGGAAAACGUGUUGAAUGGAGAACUACAGCAAAGCUCGCACUGUGGAGCAGCCGUGCGUCUGUCCGUUCCCCGACCUUGCCCCUGACACGCCGGAGAUCCACGUCAAAGAUGGCAGCAAGAUCCGCAACCUGCUGCGCUACGCUCUUAGCCGCAUGGAGGCCAAAGCCCGAGCGGCUGACGAAAAGGUACGACCUCAACCCGAGGAAGGCGGCGUAGAAGCAGCGCCAGAGGCCUCGGGCCGGCCACUCUGCAGGCAGGUCAUCUUCACCGCGAGCGGGAAGGGCGUCUCCAAAGCCAUCACAUGCGCGGAGAUCGUGAAGCGGCGUGUGAAGGGGCUGCACCAGCUCACCCAGCUCCUGUACGGCACCGUGGAGGAGGUGUGGGAGCCACUGGAGCCCACCGCCGGCCUCGACAGCCUCACGGUCAGCAGGAACCUGCCUGUCAUCUGGAUCCUCCUCUCCAAAGAUCCACUGGACUCCAACCAGCCGGGGUACCAGGCGCCGGGCCGCUACGAUGCCCUGUGGGCACAGGCGGCCAACAGGGAGGAGGGCGGAGGGCUCAGCGGGCAGAGACCUGGACACAGGAGGAAGCGAGGAGGAGGAGGAGGAGGAGGCGGCGGCGGCGGCGGCAGAGGGAAAGGAUCCGGCCGUCAGAGCGGUCGGUAGAGAGAGGCGGCCAAAGGACAGAGUUGAUUCAGAUUUCUGAAGCAGCUGCUUGGAGCUCGGAAACUUUGUCCUCCUGAAAAGUCGUAGCCGGAGACGCAGCUCUCACCACGGCUGCGACCACGAACGGGGAGUUUGGGUCCGUUUGAAUCUAAGGAGAGCCGGGUUGGUGGAAACUGAACACGUCUGAGAAGAUGACCUCACACCGGAGCUCCCACAGAGUUAAAUCAACUUUUUAAGUUUCAGAGUCCCCGAGUUUAAUUUGUGUGUGAGCUGAUAAGAAAGCGGGACGCCAGUGUUUCUCAGAUGAACUUUGCUGUUUGCAAAAUAAAAACAUGCUUCAAAAACCAGAAAAAACAUCCGUCUGUAAUAAAAGUGACUUUUAUUUUAUUUACAAGAAGAAAAAGUUUCUUUGUGGGUUAUAAAAGUGGUAAAAUCAG